CUCGCGUCACCGGUGGAGGUCGGAUGUCGCCUGACCGGAUGAUAGCGAGAAGUUUUGUUUUGUGACUUUACGAAUGAUUGAUCCACUGAUCACAGCACGUAUCACAAUACAUGCGCGUCUUCUGGCCGUCAGCGAGUGUUUUACGAGUCGUUCGCCUUUGACAGAUCGUUCUGCAAGCGUUUAAAGGGUGGAAACUGAACACUUGAAAGUAACCCAAGCGCCCUGCUUCUGUGAGCCCGUUCCUGAGCGCUGAGAGACGGCCAGAAACCAUGGGCAACCGGGGGAUGGAGGAAUUGAUCCCCCUGAUCAAUAAACUCCAAGAUGCUUUCAGCUCCAUUGGCCAAAGUUGUAACCUGGAUCUGCCGCAGAUCGCAGUGGUCGGAGGACAGAGCGCCGGAAAAAGCUCCGUGCUGGAAAAUUUCGUCGGCAGGGAUUUCCUUCCGCGAGGCUCAGGCAUCGUCACCCGCAGGCCUCUCAUUCUGCAGCUAGUAAACAACAAAGCUGAAUAUGCAGAGUUCCUACACUGCAAAGGUAGGAAGUUCGUGGACUUUGAUGAAGUCCGGCAGGAGAUUGAAGCAGAAACCGACAGGAUUACAGGCUCCAAUAAGGGCAUCUCUCCUAUCCCCAUCAACCUGAGAGUCUACUCUCCUAACGUAUUGAAUCUGACGCUCAUCGAUUUGCCCGGGAUGACGAAGGUGGCAGUGGGCGACCAGCCGCCUGACAUCGAGCACCAGAUUCGGGACAUGAUAAUGCAGUUUAUCACCAGGGAGAGCUGUCUGAUCCUUGCCGUCACCCCCGCUAAUAUGGACUUGGCCAAUUCGGAUGCCCUCAAGGUGGCGAAAGAGGUGGACCCUCAAGGACUGCGUACCAUUGGUGUGAUCACUAAACUGGAUUUAAUGGAUGAGGGUACAGACGCCCGGGAUAUCCUGGAAAAUAAACUUUUACCACUUCGAAGAGGUUAUAUUGGCGUAGUGAACCGGAGUCAGAAAGACAUUGAUGGCCGGAAGGACAUUCGUGCUGCACUGGCAGCAGAAAGGAAGUUUUUCCUGUCCCACCCCAGUUACAGACAUAUGGCUGAAAGGAUGGGAACGCCACACUUGCAGAAAGCCCUCAACCAGCAACUGACCAACCACAUUCGGGACACACUACCCGGCUUGCGGAGCAAACUCCAGUCUCAGCUUCUCUCUCUAGAAAAAGAAGUGGAAGAGUAUAAGAACUUCCGCCCAGAUGACCCUACGAGAAAGACGAAGGCCUUGCUGCAGAUGGUCCAGCAGUUCGGAGUUGACUUUGAGAAGUGCAUUGAGGGAUCUGGAGAUCAGGUGGACACCGCAGAGCUUUCCGGAGGUGCCAGGAUUAACCGAAUCUUCCAUGAGCGCUUCCCCUUUGAGCUGGUCAAGAUCGUGUUUGAUGAAAAGGAGCUCCGGAGAGAAAUCAGUCACGCCAUUAAGAACGUCCAUGGUGUCAGAACUGGGCUGUUCACUCCAGAUCUGGCGUUUGAAGCAAUCGUGAAAAAGCAGAUCAUUAAGCUGAAAGAGCCCUGUCUGAAAUGUAUCGAUCUGGUUAUUCAGGAGCUCAUCAACACAUUCAGGCAGUGCACCAACAAGGUACUGCAGUACCCCAGCCUGGCCACAGUGGGGGCUUUCCUGUGA